AUUCCCCUCAGUCACUUCUUACCUCCGUGCCUUUAGCCAGUCAGCCAGCCGCUACGUGAUAAGAAAUGUGGCAGUCUCGUACGAGGAGACCGAUUCAAAGAUGGCCGCGCCGCGGUCGCUCGAUCACCCUAUCGUGUUAAUCCCGAGGCAUCCCGCGGGAUCGUAGUUCGUCCCGUUCGCAGUCCCCGUCGGCGGUCGACCUUAGUGCGCUUACUCAGUGUGGUACAGCGAGCGGGUGAUGAUCUAACGGCUCCCGGUCGCGCGAUCAUGAAUUGCCAUCAGAUACUGAGCGGCGCCUGCAAUGCGGGCGAUCGCUGUUACGCCGUUGGCUCCGUCGAGGGAAUUUCCUUCACGGCGUACGCAGCUGGCUGUAAUAUCGUGAUCCUGGCUAAUAACUUCGAACGAGUGCAGAUCAUUCCCGGAGCGGUGCACAAUUACAUCAGAAUCAGCUGUCUGGACUGCAGCACAGACACAGGGAAGAUAGCUGCGGCGUAUGAGAAUCAAGUCUGCAUUUUUGAGCCGACGCCGCUCAUACACAGCACCUGUUCACAUCAAUUAGAGUACAGAUGGGUUCAAACGGGAAGUCUGCAGACGGAAUCGAACAUCACUUCUUUAUCAUGGAAUUUAGAAGGAACCAGGUUGCUAACUGGUGGCGAGCUGUUACAAUUGUGGCAUCAGAAUAUUAUGCCAUUUCAGGAAGAGCACACUGGUGCGGUGACAUUUUCCAUCGGAGGAGAAGCCGAGAGUCCUGGGCCUGGAGAUACAGCGAGUGCUAACGAUCUCGGCGGAUGGAAUUGCGUAUGGAAGUGUCGCACGGCUACACCGGUCCAUCUUAUGAGCUUCAGUCCUGAUGGCACUCUGUUUGCAACUACAGGAGUGAAUGAUAGAUUAGUCAAGAUCUGGUUCGAAAACAAGCAGUUAUUUCCAGGCAGAAGCAUGGAUCAUGCAAGUUUUUCCCAGUCGGUGGGUAGCGAUAAUUACAGUUUCGUUUAUGUGGCACAUCCUCGCGCAGUGACACACCUUUCUUGGCGCAAGACAAGUAAAUACAUGCCAAAGGGCUCCGUAUCCAAUAUGUUGGUUACCUCGUGUCGCGAUAACAUUUGUCGCGUGUGGGCCGAGACAAUACCGCCUGAAAUUGAAGGUCUGGCCAAUAUGAGCCAGUUCGAAGGCUCCGACAGACAUGGUCAUCAUGGCAAACAUCGUCACCAUAACAUGCAUAAACACCGGUUUAUGCAACGCCUCAAGCACAUGAAGACAUGCUUUCAUAUACGGCGACACGCUAAGCAGCAACAUCAAGCCGGUCACACAGCACCGACUUUGCCAACGCUUCCGUCUACGUAUUCUGUGCACGAUUUUCACAACAAUUAUCAAACCUCUGGUCACUACCCAGGGAUGCAUUUCCAUUUAGCAGCCAGUAUCAACGCAGAAACUGAUAUACCGCUAGUACCGAGCCUAAUUACCGGGGACCCCGAAAGAGAACCGAAUUUUAUCUUACACUGGCUAAAUAACAAAGAAAUGCACUUCACGAUGCAAGCCGAAAACAUAUUGCAGGAGUUGACGCGUAAAGUAGUAGAAAAAGAGGAAGGUUUGCAACAUCAAGAUGCUGAACACGUGGAACACGAUUCCGAGGAUGAAUGUACACCGAAAAAAGGUGUUCGGUUGCAAACAGCCCAGAAAGCGGUGGUCGGUGGUCGCUCAAUGAGUCAAGAGGAUCACAGUAGUGAUGAACAUCAUACUACGCAUACUACCUCGUCACAUCAUAGUCUAGCGCACAGUGUACACUCCCAUCCGAGCCUCAGCAACACAACCUCCAUCAACUCCAUAGCGACGGACGCGACGUCUACGAUGAACCACGCGCCGGAUUCACUGGACACCAAGAUUGAGACGUUGCUGCGCGAUUGGCAUCACAAUCCGGACCUGCUGUUUUCAAUACACCCGAUAGACGGGAGCUUCCUGAUCUGGCACAUCGAGUGGUUAGACGAGUACCACCCGGGAUCCUUCCGACAAGCGCAGAUCUCAUUCUCCACUCGUAUCCCGAACGCGUUCCCGCUCGGCGAUGCGUCGACGAUGAGCCACAACGUAUCGAUGUAUUCUCACAACACCGGCGGGCCUUUGCUGAACAUUCGCGAGGUUGCCAAGUCUUCGAAGACUACCGACCCCAGCGAAGUCGCAACACCUUUACCUAGUCUCAUAGAGCAAGACGAAGAGCAGUCCACCUUGACGUCGAGAGCCGGUCAAGAAUUACUGAAGAAUAUCGAGAGCACGAACGAUCAGAGUCAGACGGCUGCGAAGGCGGAUACUGGCGCGCUGGAGGGCAGCAAAAGCGGGCAGGACACGGAUCUGUUGGCCCAUCCUAGCCCGAUCGUCUCCAUGGUGUCGAAGCACUCGAACGGCACGUUGAACUUGUGGCAACUGACGUUCGCGGACAAGACGAAGUUCUCUCAGGUACUGAGUAUAGGUCACGCGUGCAGGGCUUCCGGGCACCGCUUCCGCGUGAACGACAUCACCUGCCAUCCCGUCUUGCCUCUGCUCGUGACAACCUCCCAUCACAACAUACCCGAGUUCUCCGGCGCCCAGUCGACCGAGUCGAGCGAGAACAUCAGCAUCAAGCAGGACACUUGCAAGGGCAAGGACAUCAUGUCGCCCACCGGCUUCUGCAGCGAGCUGAUACUGUGGCGGGUGGACGCUGUGGGGCCUCUGUCGAAGAGCGGCGGCGUCUCCGAAUUGGCGCGCAUCAAUUCGCCGGAGAUAUCGGCGUUCAGUAACGUAGCCUGGAUCCCGACGCUUCUGCCGAGCACGACGCUGGGUAACUUGUCCAAUUCGCCCAGCGCCUGCUUCGUAGCGAGCGACGGUGAGUGCCUGCGGGUUUACCAGGCUGUAAUCGACGCUCGAACGCUGCUGGCAGAAGUGUCGAUCAGCGAGAGGAGGAGCAGGAUGAUGGACUCGAUGGCCAGCCUGUCGACGGACAUGUCGUCGGACGACGGUGUCCGACACUCCAUUCACGACAGGAUAAAGAUAGUGUCGCAGCAGUCGACUGCGAGGCCGGGAUGCGUCAUACAACUGGACGCCAUCUCCGACGCCACUCACGAUUGGCAGAACACGCAGUUCCUGCACGUCUUCCAGGAACAACUGAUCACGGGCGAGAGAAGCGACGAGAAGCUGCUGGGUUUCGAUACGUCGUCCAACGAUCUAGGCCUGAUGGAGUCCACCCUGGACGCCAUGGUGGAUUUGCAGCAGUCGGCGAUCUUCGAGGAACCGUUCUACAUAGUGGUUUUGGAGCGUACGCAGCAGGGUACCACCGUGCACAUGUGGCGGCUGGUGAUAGCCUCGCAGCCCGAGACCACCGGCUUGUCAGGCUCGAUGAUGUACGUCCCGGACUCCCAUCUGGUGCAGGACGAGGACGAGGAGGGCACGCCGGGUAGGUUGAGCCACGCGGAGGGCCGGAGGUCGCGCAGAGCCAGCCAGACGCGGAGCCGUCGCGACAGUCAGGCCGAUAUGGACUCCACGUUCCUGCACCGCCGCCAUCAGAACAGCCACGUACUGAUCACGACCACGAAGGUGUGCACUCAGGAGUUGCCGUUGCCCGACGGGGUGGAGGUGAUCCACGCCGCCCCGGCCGCCGGACACCUAAGCAGCUCCUCGAUAUACCCGGCCUGCUUCGCGCCCUAUAUCGUCGUGACGGCGUGCAGCGACAGCACCGUGCGCUUCUGGAGGUGCAAGGUGACGAAGAGGCCGGAUGACAAGCUGGACUACGAGUGGUGCGAAUGGGAGAUGACUAGGAAGGAUCAGGAGUCGACGAUCGACAUCACCGGCCAGCCGUUGAACAUCAGCGCGGCUUACAGUGGGCGCAUCGCCUGCGCCUACAAGUACGGCAAGUCGUUCACCCGGCCGACGAAGAACGACCCGGACUCGCGUUACGUGAACCUAUGCGUCGCCAUAUACGAGUGCGAGAGCACCGGUGGCAGCGAGUGGAUCCUGGAGGACACGAUCCAUCUGAAGAACAUUCACCUGCCGCGCAUACCGGUCGAUCAGCACUUGGACCUCAGUUAUUUGUACGACAGUAGAUUCCUGCAGAAGAAGCAGAGGCUGACUCAGGUACUGCAGACCCUCAGCCACGAGGACAUCCGAUCGUCGAGGAAUGGGGAGAACGGCGACUCGACGAAGGCGAACGCCGGCCUGCUGGCGGUGCCGUCCUUCAGCACGCUGCAGUCCCUGCGCAAGUCGAUCAUCGAGAACGGCAACACGUGCCCGCUCACGCAGAAACACCUGGUGCAGCUCGACUGGGUCUCGAAGGAAGACGGCUCGCACAUCCUGACCGUCGGCGUCGGCUCGAAGAUCAUGCUCUUCACCCCGGUGUGCUCAGACUUGGCGCAGGCGAACAUGAAGGCGAUGAAGGAGUCGCAGAGCAACAACAGGCCGAUACUGCGGAAGACCUCGUCGCUGGCGCAGCCGCAGUUCGUCGACGAGAUCCGCUGGAUGAAGCUGCGGAAGAUCGAGCUGACGACGGCGGACGGGCUGCCGCCUCUGCCCAUGCAGAUCUCCUGGGUGCGAGACGGCAUCCUGGUGGUUGGAAUGGACUCCGAGAUGCACGUCUACUCCCAGUGGAAGCCGAACCCGAAGAACGACUGUUUCCACUCGAACCUGCAGCACCAGGAGUCCGACGAGUUCCAGGCGUCGCGGAACCUGCGCGACGAGGACCUGCGAACGUUGGCGCACGAGACUUCCCAGAGGCGGCUGGCGAACGUGUCUUCCAUGCCGCACCUGUCGCGCGUAAGCAGCAUCAACCUGACGAUGCUGGACGCGAAGAAGAAACGCGGCAUGCAGAACGAGAGCCUGAGCUUCGAUUACAUGCCGGAUUACGGGCUGUUCGAGGCCUCGAGGAUAGCCUGUCCCGUUCUGCCGCAGUAUCAUCCGAAGCAGCUGAUGGAGCUGUUGAAUUCCGGCAAGAUCCGAUGGGUGAAGGCCAUACUGGCGCACCUGGUCCGGUGCAUCGGCAGCUCCUGCUCCCUGCGCGUCGACGACGAGAGCCUGGUGAAGCAGCGCAGCGGAUGGUCGCGCUCGAGAACGAUGUCGGUGAGCUACGCCGGCACGACCUCGCCGUUGGAGCCGAGAGGCUCGACCACGCAGAUACCGGAGGAGCUCACCCUCGAUUACGCCGAGAUCACCUCUAUCUCGCCGCUUCCGUUGUGGACCCUGCUGAUGGCCGACAAAGAGACCAACCUGCUGCCGCAUCAGCAGAACGAGGACAAGCACGACUAUAACGAACUGUUCGACAGUAAUUUGGACGAGGGGGAUUCGUUGGACGACAUGUUGGACGAAGGUUACGACUGCUCGCGGCAGAAAGAUAGGCGAUCCUCGGUCCCGGAGAGACAGGGCAUAUCCCACUUCGGGCCGAGACAGGGCAGGCUGUUGUCGCGUCUCUUGACCCACACUCAUCUCCCGGGCUUGUCCAGCCUCGAUCAGAUGCACCUUCUCGCCCUGGCCGACACCGUCUCCACGUGUAACGUCGACUUCGCGGAGAGAUUCGCGAUCGACGCGGCGAAGAACGCGAUCGCGAAGGAGAAUCUGACCGGCAUCCCGGACGGCGAGACCGUGUCGACCGAUUCGUUGGACGACUGCGGCCUCAGGUUCCUCCUGGCGAUGAAGCAUUAUAAUUAUCUGAUACGCUGCCUGCCGCUGGUGCAGAGAGCGCAGUUCCAGAAGCAGGGCAUCGCGUCGAACAAUCUCGUGUGGGCGUUCCACUCCGAGUCCGAGGAGGAGCUGCUAGGCUUGAUACCUUCUUAUGCCAAAGGUCAACCAAAGUGGUCCGUGUUGAAGGAGCUCGGCGUAGGCUGGUGGAUCCGGAGCAACACGGUGCUGAAGAAGUGCGUGGAGAAGAUAGCGAAGGCCGCUUUCCAGCACAAGCAGGAUCCUUUGGACGCGGCUGUCUACUACCUGGCGAUGAAGAAGAAGAACCUGGUGUGGGGCCUGUUCAGGAACAAGCGCGACGAACGGAUGACCACCUUCUUCGCGAACAACUUCGCCGAGGACCGUUGGAGGAAGGCGGCCCUGAAGAACGCCUUCGCUCUCCUCGGGAAGCAACGGUUCGAACACGCGGCGGCCUUCUUCCUGCUGGCCGGCGCGCUGAAGGACGCCAUCGACGUGUGCCUGAACAGACUGAGCGACAUUCAGCUAGCGAUGGUGAUCGCUAGGCUCUACGAGAACGACACGUCGUCCCCCAACAUGAGAAGACUGCUGUACGAGGAGAUCCUCGGCUGCGAUAAGGAAGGACAAAAUCAAGAUAUAAGCAGAGUGCAUCCCGAUCCCUUCCUGCGGAGCAUGGCCUUGUGGAUCUUGAAGGAUUACUCCGGCUCCCUCAAUACGCUGCUUCUGACCAACGUCGGCCACAUGCAUCCGCAGUACAACGACGAGUCUGACAAACCAGAGGGAACGACCGCGAAUCCGAACGUCUUCAACUUCUACGUGUAUCUCCGCACGCAUCCGUUACUGAUUAGGCAGUACAUUGCUUCCACUGCGCAAGAUAAGAAGAAGGGACACUCGGUAGUGAUUUCAGGAUUCAGUUACGGAGGCACGGAGACGAAGAGUCAGCCGGACAAACAGCUGAUGUUGGAGGACACUAUUACGCCAUUGGAAAGGCAACUGUAUUUCACGACUGCACACGCACAUUUCAAAGCCGGCUGUCCGGCCCUCGCGCUUGAAGUUUUGUCCAAAUUACCUAAUAAAGUUAUGGACACGAAUGGUGAAGAUUCUCCCAGUUUAUUAAAUAGUCCGAAUAAAUCCAGAGCUCAAGACGUUCAAAUAGAUACGGGUAUUAUUAAUUGGGGAAAUGAGUCAAGUGCAAUAACGAAUAAUAAAGAUGCAGCUGCCUCGGUAGAUUGGGGCACGCCGUCAUUCGAUUGGUCCCAGAGCGGCAGACGCAUGGAGGAAGACAAAUUAGAAUUAAAUUGGGACGACGAUCCUGCCGACGGCGAUGACGCUGAUAGUCCUCCUAUGAGUAUGAAACUUGACAAGAAAGAAGACGAUACGCACAAAUUAGAGAAUGAUAACGACGAUGUCGCAAAGUCAGCUGGACAGUUGGAUAUCAUGGCGCAGCAGCUGAAGUUCGUGGCCUGUCUGAAAAUCCUGAUGGAGGAAUUGUCCACGUUAGCGACCGGCUUCGAAGUGGACGGAGGUCAGCUGCGAUACCAAUUGUACGUGUGGCUGGAGCGAGAAGUGGACGCUCUUAGGCAGCUUUGCAGUUACAGCACUAGUGCGGACGGAGAUGUGAACACCGUGUCGGAAUACGAAGGUGGUAUGGUGGACGACGUGCCGCCGUACAAGCCCGGUGAGCAGCCAACGUUACAUCAAAUAUUAGUGGCGGAGAAGUUGGACUUUGAAGCUAAAGUACAGAGAGCCGCCAAGAGGAAAAAAUGGCUGAAAGCUAACGAAACAUUGUUGAGGACAUUACUGUCGUACUGUUCGUUGCAUGGUGCGUCGGGUGGCGGCCUAGCGUCAGUAAGGAUGGAGUUGGUGCUCUUACUGCAGGAAUUGCAACAAGAAAAGACUCAACAACAAUUGCUCAGCCCCCUGCCCUUCCCCACCACGCUACCUCUGUUAAGCGCCAGCGUUGCCUGCAACAAAACCGUCGUGGCCGAUCCGGUUCGGCAUCUGCAGUCCCUCGCGCAUGAUAUGCUGCAGACACUGGUAGAGCUACGGAAUCCGCCGAUGCCUAAUAGAAAUACGCAUUAUUGCGAAGUAUUUAUUAUGAGAGACUUAGCGGUGGCACUUAGCGCCUGUAUUUACCAGUCCCUUUGCGACUCGGAUACGUUUGUUAUGAAGCAUCAUCAGCCAGAUAGUUUCCCAGCGGUCGCUGAAGUGGAAACGUUCUCAGGUGGCCACUUGGUAGCCUCGAACAGGUAUCAUCGACGAUACUCGACAGACGACGGAGUAUGUAUAACUACUUCGCCUCCCAAGUGGCCGGGCGUAACUAACUUACGCGCCUUGCUAGCCCGAGAGAAGGACGAGGACACUCCGAAGUUGAACAUUUUGCUCUGCGAAGCUUUCGUAGCGACGUACAUGAGCCUUUUCAUCUACGCUCUCUCGAGUUGCGACAGUCACAUCUUGUAUAGAUUGGUCGGGCAACACUUCGAUAACAACACAUGGUCCUGUCUCUUUGGCGGUGGGGUUAAGAAGCUGUUACGCGUAGCGAGCACCAGCAGCCAGAGCGGCAGUGCGAGUGGCGUCGAGCGGGCCGACAGUGUGGCAAGUGAGAUCCAAAGUACCGCCAGCGGUAUGUGGAACACUAUGACGUCGUUGACGAAGCAGCGCGUCAAGCUGAACAUGAAACUGUUGGGACAGUUUACGGGUCAACAACCAAAUAUGAAGGAAGACAAGCCUACGUAUAGAGAACAAUUUGUGUCACCUCAGAUGAGCAUGAUUUCCUAUUUCCUCAUGAAGCCACGCAUAGAAAACGAAUACGCAGACGAAAUUGAUUAUGAUUCUUCUGACUCUGCGGUGUCGGACUUGGAUACCACAGACGACGAGGAGGACGUAUUCGACACGAAUUCGAAGCCAAAGAACAAGCCAAAGGAUAAUACGGAACAUAGUAACUCCAAUUCGUACAGUUGGAAUAUAAUGAGACUAGCGAUAGUUAAAAUACUGCAGGAGCAAUUGCAAGACUUUCUGACAGUCGCCGGCAUAGAGAUGCAAGAAUUACCUGUAAGUAGCCCAUUAAUCCAUGGUACACUGGGUAUUGUCGCACAGUGGCAAGAUUCUUUGCGCGAAGAACUGGAAAUUAAAGGUCCACCGCCAGCCAAUUACAUACCCGGCUGUGCGCCGGAUCCCUCUCCUACGCCAGGGAAGCCGGCUAUUCACAAAUAUCGAUCUUUGUUAGAAAAAGGGAAUACGCCAUUUAAUACACGACUGGCAUCCGCGGCGCCCGCCAAUCGUCUGUGGUGUUAUUUGGUUAGGCAAGAAUUGGUCCAGGAUAUCUUUAUUCGUGCGGUGUUCGGGAAACGAAGAUCCUUGUCGUCGAUACUCGAGAGUACCCAGACAGUCAUGGAUAACGUUCAUCGCGGAACUGGGGAAGAUAAGGGUAGCGACAGCGGUACUACAAGUUUGCCGGAACCAGUCAGGAUUAUUCAUAAAGAACAAGACAGCAUCAGUGCCUUCUGUCUCAAUCAGGUAAACCCAGGUUUAAUGGCCCUUGCUACACCCCGGGAAGUGCAAGAGAUGAACAUUUCCCUGCUCUUGGAACUUCCGUCGUGGUUGGAAGAUGAAUGCGAAUUCGAUAUUAUUAAUUUGAAUAAGCAACCCGACCCGGAGCCUGUACAGCCAACCAGUUUCUUAGUUAUACAAACCGCAGCAGAUCGUCCUUUAUUGGCACAGAGUCCUCAGCCAAACAGUCCUCAAACUCAAUCAGGUAUAGCCAGUCAGAGUGGACGUGGCGCGAGUGUGAUUCUGAAGCACAAAAUCGACGGAAUCAGGAGGAUCUCUUCCCAUCCACUUUUACCGUUAUACUUAACCGGAUCGCAGGACGGCUCUGUGUCGUUGUGGGAAUGGGGUCAUCAAACAGCGAUUGCCACUCCGAGGGCACCAGGCACCUUCGCCAAAGUGACCCGCGUACGUUUCUCUCAGCACGGCAAUAAGUUCGGCGUGGCAGAUUCCGACGGUCAUCUGAGCCUGUUCCAAGUGGCAUGUCGCGAGGGAACUGCUCGGCCGUUCUUCGUAAGGACCUCUUACUUUCUCGUGACCGCAGACUUCGUUUUCCUCGGCGCGUGCAGUCUCGUGGCUACCGCUGGUCAUGGCUCGGAAGGACGGAACGUAGCUUUGUGGGAUACGUUACUCCCGCAAAACAAGUCUCUCGUGCAAGGUUUCAUGUGCCACGAACAAGGAGCCAGUUCGCUGAUCCUGGCGCCGCAGCAUCAAUUAUUGAUCAGCGGCGGCAAAAAGGGCGACAUUACCAUAUUUGACGUGCGACAACGGCAACAAAGGCAUAGAUUCCAAGCGCACGAGUCGGCCAUAAAGUGUCUAGCGCUCGAUCCGCACGAGGAAUUUUUCGUCAGCGGGGCAGGUGAUGGCGAUAUUAAGAUAUGGGCCUUGACCGUCCAUUCCCUGCUCUACUCAUUCCCCGCGGAACACCCACGGUCUAGUUUCUUCAAGAAUAUAGGGCAGGGAGUAACUCAGUUACACGUGGAUUCUGCGGGACGAUUAUUUUCGUGUGGAGCAGAUGGUUCUAUGAAAGUCCGUCAACUGCCAGAACGCGAUUGUGUAGUACAAGCGCUUUAUUAGGAUUACAAAAACAAAAAAAUGAUGAUGAUAAUGAUGAUGAUGAUGAUGAAGAUGAAGAAAGAAAUAUGAAAUACCGUGUAAGUAUAUUACGCAAGAGAGCUGAUAUUUAUUGAUUAUUUACACACACACACACACACACAUACACACAGAAAAUGAAUCGUUAAAGAAGUCUACGCAUCCAUUGAUCGCUGUUGUACGAUAUACCAACUACUUUCACAUACAGAUAUGCAAACGGUACGAUUAUCCCUUUGCAUGGCUAGUGUGUUGUGACAAACUAAUCGGGUAUUAUUUAUAAAUAUAUAUAAAUAUAUAUAAAUAUAUAUAUAUAUAAAUAUUUAUAUUUAUUUAUUUAUAAUAUUGUCGAUAUAUAUAUACAUAAUUUUGUCGAGAGAGCUACUUACAUAAAGUAGUAAAUUCCGCACGAAUAUUGUUGUUGUUGUCAAAAAUUGAAGCUCUAUUAUAUAGUCUAAAACAUAGCGAGCUAUUAACUUAGAUAGCGUAUCAAAGUGUUUCCAACUUAGAGAAAAAGAAAACCAAAGCAGCGAGCAGACAGGAAACCGUGGCGCCGUGAACGGUCGCCACAUUUAGAACGGCACUGUGUAUGUUCCCCAAAAAUGUAUUUCGUAUGGAGCAGCAUAUACAUUUACUAAUGUGAUGAUCAUUCCUUUCUCACAUGAAAGUAAUAUAUUAAAAUUCGAUAAAUAUGUAUAAUCUACGUACCUCUUCAUAUAUAUUUUAAUAUGUAAUAUAUGUAUUUAUAUAUAUCAGUUAUUCAAUUUUACUGUUUAGCAGCGGAUAAUUUAAAGACAAUUUAGCCUGAUCUUUAUAGCGAUUAUGACUAGUGAAAUGAGAUAUUUCUUUACGCCCUAAAAAAAAGGAACUGUGGUUUCUGUGUAUUAUUUGUUGAAAUAGAGACAAUGUGAGUGCAAUGUGAGUAAGUUAUUGUUUCUGUAAUAUAGUCCGAUAAAUUGGUUCAAACGAAUCCUCGUGUAUUCAAAAUAUCCUCUUCGGCGCUUUCUCUCGAUCGUAUAUCGCAAUGUAAAAUAUACAAAUGCAAAUGCUAUUUGCGAAGCAUGUGCGAAACAUGGCAAAUUAUUUUUUUUUUUUUGGAUAAUGAGUAAAAUAUAUAGAGCUUGAGAAAUUUGUAUCGUCUUCUCUUCAGCUCUUUCUUUUUCUUUCUUUCGAGAUGUGAUAUACUCACCUGAUAAUAAUAAUUGCAACACAGCAGAUUGCUGUAAUGUACUUACAUUGUCGCAUAAACGUCGUCGCAAUAACGUAAAUAAUUACGAAUUACUUAAAUACAUGUUACUAAUUAAUAAGGAAAAUUAUAGAGUCGCGAGGUUUUUCAGAGCCUAGAGUUUUUGUUUCCUAAAUCUCUCCGGUUUGUUUUAACAGUGGUCUAACGAAUGUCUAGGUAAAAUGUAUUUUUCUCAUAUCCACGGUUUUGUAAAUAUUGUGUGAAUUAAUUAGAGAGAGAGAGGUAUCAUUCAAUAGGGACUUGUUUGAAUACGUGCAACACCAGAUCUGAAAUUUUAGUAGCACCCGUAGCUUCUAUGUGUCCGAUAUUUAAAUUAUAUUUUGUCACGCAAUGAAAAACUGUUUAUAAUUAGUAAACGUGUUAAUUCUGAUAUUCAAAUUAUACAUAUAUAUAUAUAUAUAUAAAUCUCAUUGAUUCGUAUGAUACAUCUAUGAAAACACUUAUUGAUCUUUCGCACUUUAAUUCAAUGUUAUAAAAUGGCACCAUAUUUCAUUAUAAUGUAAAAGAGAAGUAAAUAAUAAUAUAAGAAGUAAGUAAAUAUCCGUUGCCUAACUAUUUUAAAUGCUUUUACCGGCUUGUUUUAUGCUAAAAGCCUGUCCUGAUUGAAGGCUGAUAAUAAUCUACAAUAAUCCCAUUUUUAAGGAAUACUAAUAUAUAACGUGUAUGUAUACAUGACUAUGUAGUAUAAAUUAAAUUCAUGUUUGUA